GUAUGGUGACAUGGUGCCGAAGACAAUUGCUGGGAAGAUCUUUGGCUCGAUUUGUUCCCUGAGUGGGGUCUUAGUCAUUGCCCUUCCAGUUCCUGUCAUUGUCUCCAAUUUCAGCCGCAUCUACCAUCAGAACCAACGGGCAGAUAAGCGCAAGGCACAAAAGGUUUGCUUCUACUUUCCAUUCAUUACAUUCUGGGAUAGACACAAAGUGGCUCUUUUGUAUGCUGUACGUUAUCAAAGUGAAUUUGUCAUUGUUAACGAAGAAAAAAAUGUGACGGCUUCAGAAGCUCUGGAACAAAAACAAAAACCAUCAAUUGGAAAUCGGCUUUCACACCUCCUGAAGAUAUAACUACUUGAUUGGUUGGUUUGACACAUUAACAAAACAACCUUAAUAAUUGUUUUAAAUUCAUGCAUAUAAAAGCAUGUCUCUAAAAUUACGUUUUUAAACCAUUUUCAGUGGAUUUUUAUACAUUUUGAGCAUGCAUUAUUAACGUUCAAAAAUUGCAAGUAUAAUAGAGAGUUCGUGUGGAUGGAAGUGAGGUUUGCAAUGGGACGUUAUAGUCUAUUUCUUUAAACCUGCAGUCUUAAUUUUUUCCCUGUAUCUUAAAUAUUGAUAAAUCAUCUUUCAUUCUACCUGAUUUCAAGGUUGCUUACAAUGAGUAUCUCUAUAUGUGCCUAUAUGAGAAAAAAAAGACCUCACUGAAACCAGUAAGAUUCAAAUCUGAGUAAAUGUGCAUAGGCUCGACCUCCCUGUGGCACUUGAACCAUUUAAGAUCAUUUAUAUGGGAUGUGAUACCAGUUUAAGUGGUUUGUUGGGUGCAUUAUAUUUAUUUCCCCAAACAACAGUGUUUAUAUUAUUAUUGUUAGUAUUAUUUUACUUAAAACAAACAAAGCUAAACCCUUCAUUUUCUCUCAUACCUCCUUUCCAGCUGUGAAUUCGAGAAACCUUUAAUUUCUGCACAGCCAAGGAAUUAUGAAUGAAGUGUUCUUCAUAAUCAGUAAAAAAUCAAUUUCACUCCAAAUGGCCAUGGGAAACUUUAAUUAACAGCUUGCAAAAACCCUGGCUACCUAGAGAAGCCUAGUGUGAUAUUUUUAAUAAAAGGUGGAGUAGUAGGAGCUUAAGGAAAAGGUGACUUUUGAAUCCAUUAUUAAGCCAAGGCAUUUCACAUGAUUGUGAUCUGUUAAGAACCUUUGCUUUGUGUUGAGUAUUCUUCAGCUCUUCCUUUAUUUCCUGAAUGAUUGUGGAACCUGCAGGAGGGUGACUUAUCUGAACCUCCUCUUUGACCAAAGCGUAGUAUAAGUGGAUGUACCAUAUACAGGGGAAAAACAGCCUAUAAAAUAUAAAAAUGUAUUUGCAAAACCGCUUCAUUAAUUCCUGAAAUGCUCCCAGCGUUUGAGGAAUACUUUAGAACUCCCUCACCGGGGACCAAAGUGCAUUUCCUCACGAGCCACAUAAAUAUGACUUUCAGAUUAAACAAGUUGUUAGCUUCACUGGAGACGUGAGGAUAUAAUUAAGCAAAGUGCUUGCCCUACAUUUUCAUAUAGAACAAACGCUAAGUAUAGUUUGCACUCAGACAAUUAUCCCUUCAGGAACCGUAAAUCCUCUUUUAGUCUUCAUACACAUAGAUCUGCAUGAGUAGAUGAGGGAAAGACACAUUAAAUAUUGGUGCAACUCAUAACUAUCUGAACUUUAAGUAAACCCAGUUCCAAGAAUAUCGUCCUGUCUGUGAAUGUGUGGGAAAGCCAAGGAAAUCCCAAAGUCUCUGUUGAGACUUGAGGUGUGAUAAAAUAGAUAGGUAAUUGAUGCUCUGCAAUCCUCUGGUUUGCAUCCUCCUGGAGAGCAUCUCCAGGUCCUCCUCACUGGGGGCAAGAACAGAGGUCCACCCUCAGUGUGGGGCACUGGACCUCAUAUUGUUGUAAACAAAAUCUGCCCCUUUUCGCUUAUGGGGUAUCCAAGAGCCCAUAUAGAGUCCUUAUGUGGGUUCCCUAUGGGUAGGAGAAAAUUACAGAAGCCAACCAGAGAAUAUUGAGAAGCAAAGCAGCUAGUAAGCCUGAUCUUUAUUGAUCUCUUGCAAAGGGUGCUCCCCUCACACGCAGGAAAGGAGGAGGACCUCGAACAAUGGUGCGCAAGGCCUUAUGUAGACAUUUUAAAUUCCCUGCCCUGGAGCUCAAGACCACCCCUCCAUACAUCCAUCACAGAAGGGGUGUAACCCAAGACCACCACCCCCCACAAACAUCACACCUACAUCACAGAAAAGGUGGUCUACAACAGAAAUUUGAAUGUUUAAUAAUAAUAAUAAUAAUAAUAAUAAUAAUAAUAAUAAUAAUUUAUUAUUUAUACCCCGCCCUUCUGGCUGGGCGGCUUCCAAUAAAACACUAAAAUACAAUAACCUAUUAAACAUUAAAAGCUUCCCUAAACAGGGCUGCCUUCAGAUGUCUUCUAAAAGUUUGGUAGUUAUUUUUCUCUUUGACAUCUGGUGGGAGGGCGUUCCACAGGGCGGGUGCCACUACCGAGAAUGCCCUCUGCCUGGUUCCCUGUAACUUGGCUUCUCGCAGCGAGGGAACCGCCAGAAGGCCCUUGGCGCUGGACCUCAGCGUCCGGGCAGAACGAUGGGGGUGGAGACGCCCCUUCAGGUAUACUGGGCUGAGGCCAUUUAGGGCUUUAAAGGUCAACACCAACACUUUGAAUUGUGUUUUUUCUGUCUGCCAGGUUAUCUGAUAAUGCCUUAUCUUAUUGCCUUUUCUGGUAGUGUUUUCCUGGUAGUCUGUCACCCUUUGAAAUGGUCAUUACUAAAUUCCUGUAACAAGGAAGGUUUUUUUCACCUCCUCCCUCCUUGCAGAGAAACAUUUGGUCAGCUUGGGAGUCAAAAUUCGUUUCAGGACUGUCUUCCUGUGCUGCUUCAGACAUGUGGUUUAUGUACAUGUUUGCUUGGUACAUUUAUGAACAUUUAUUAUAUAUCUAAGACCUGAAAAUUCUUAUUGCAAUAUGACUCCUCCGUGAGACUGCAGAAAGACAGCUAGUGUCCCUCCACUGGGCCUCAACUCUGGAGCAGGCAAAAAGGUGUUCCAGAGGGUGUGCUGGGAAAGAAUGUGGAUCCAACAGAUCUAAAGCACUCCUGUUCCCCUUACACCCCCCUCCCACAAAAUGGGGGACAAGCUAUACUAACUUUAGCAUACCUUCCUACAUUUCUCCAAUGAAAAGAGGAGCAUCCUAUUCCAUCCUCUCCAACAUUUCUCUGAUGAAAAGAGGGACGUCCUAUUGUGUACCUUAUUUCACUCUCUAUUCAACCAGUGGAAGGGAAACUUUUUUAAAUGAAUAAAAACCUAGAAAGCAGGAGUGAAGGGGAAACACCACGCAUCUGCUAUGGUGGCAUGAGCUCAUAGCUGUCAACUUUUCCCUUUUCUUGUGAGGAAUCCUAUUUGGAAUAAGGAAAUUUCCCUUAAAAAAAGAGAAACGUUGACAGCUAUGCAUGAGCUUGGCAGGGCAUAGAAAAAGGUUGCCCCACUCACUUUUGGAUUGUUUCAUGAAUCCGUUUUCUUUGAAACCAGUGGACAAAUUGGUCUCUCUCUUCCCCCACUUUCUCUUUCACAUUAGAACAUCAAGACUGUAAAGAACGAACACUAAGCAGCAAAACUUCAUGCUUGAUUUUAUGUGAAUAGUAGAUAGUUAAAAUGCUAUUGAAGUAGAAUCAAAUUUACCUCUUUACAAAAAAAAACUGACAGAUUUUUAUCAAUCUCAAAGGCUAGAAAGGAAGAAAGCAAGAGAAUUUCCAAUCACUAUUUAUUGUAGGGCUGUGUCCUCUGAAAUAUAAGGAAAUGUCCAAGGUUUGAACAAAAAACAACAGAUGUUUAAAGGUUCUGCACUGGUGAUGUAUUAUGAUGCAAAUGACAGGGAAUACACCCCAAACCCAGGGCCCAAUUUGUGUUUACUGGAUAUCCAAGCGAUCCAGAAAUUAUUCACACAGAAUAGAUACACUCUUUUUAUGUUAUAGACUAAGAAUUCAUAGCAUACAAGGAAAAACAGAUUGAAUUCGGGGAGUGGGGUUCUGGAAAUAAAGCUGGAUGCAUUACUCCUGGGAUAUGAAAUUUUUUUGGCAAGUGGCUAAAUGCAUUCAUGUUUGUCACCUAUCACCCAGCCUCUGAGAAUAACAGCAUUUUUUGAGCUUCCAGAUUCAGUAUCCAUUAGGGAAGUUGUGAGAUCAUGUUCGCUGUUAACAUUCGGAGACCACAAAAUUCGAAGGCAGCCCCAUUUUUCUGGAUUCCACAUUCAUUAAAGAACUGAGUAGCAGAGGGGUGCCAUUUUGACUGUUUGCCUCAUGUGAGUGAAUGUGGUGUAGUAUUUUAGCCAGACAAAGAGACGCAGUUGGCAGGCAAACGUGGUACAAAUUCGUCGUACAAGAUCAAUAGUUGAAUUCAAGACACAUACAAGGAAGGGGGCAUGCGAUUCCAGAAAGUUCCCUUUGUGUUGGCAUUUUUGAGCUGUAUGUGCAGGGAGAAAUCUUAAAGCAUCUUUCAUCUUAAAUAUCCUGCCCUUCCUCCAGAGAUUGCCAGGCUCCCAGGUGCCUUUACCCAGCAUCAGCAUUCUACUGAUUAAGGGAAGAAAUGGGAAAAACAUCACAGCCAAGACAGAUGACUUGCUCCAGUAGUACCUGCAUUCCCUUGUUUUGAACUGCGGCAUAUGCGUGCGUGUUUUUUUCCAUCCUGUUGCACGAAGAGAAAAGUGCUUUGCAUUGGCGAAAUCAAAGCCCAAGCCCCUUCCGCGCACCUGACAAAACACUCAGGUGGCAGGUGCUAAUGGAAAAAAUACAGUUCUUUUCACUCUCUGAUGACAUACAGAAACCAUCCAUUCUCCACCUGGCACCUCUCGGGGACUAAACAUAUUAAAUCGCCCCAGUGAAUUCUGUCAAAAGCAGCUGAAUAUGAACAGUAACUGAUAAGUUCAAUUUUGGCAGCCUGUUCUAUGAUUAGUAGUACAGUGGCAGCAUGAGAGAGAAAAAAUGACAGGAGUAAUUUCAAGAGCAACUAAGUGAUAUUUACUGGACAUGUAUUUGCUUGGAACACUGCUUAGAAAAGAGGGAAUUGCCCACAGAUUGCACCUGCCAGUAAUGUCGCAUUGCAAAGAUUUAAUAUAGCUAAGGGCUCUCUUCCACAAAGCACUAGAGGGCCUACUAGAAAACAUGCUGUUCUGUUCCUCUUUGAUUUUAAACAUACAGGUGCACACACACAAUGAAUCUAUAGCGCAUAGGAAUAUACUUGACCUCCAUUUUGUGUGGACUCUUAAAGCCGUCACAUAGCCCAACUUGAUGACAAUCUGGGUGAGGAUAUCUGAGUGAGAUUCAGGGCUGGCCCUGUCAUGAGUUACAGUGUGGCAUUUUCCUGAAACGUCCACUUGUGUGUGUUUUUAAACCGUGGGAUGUUGUUAUUGUUUAUAAUAAUACCUCAGAUGCUGGGAUGUCUUGGGCUCACCUUCAACUGAGUGGUGUGCAUGGCAACAUUAUUUAAGGUUGCCAUAUUUCAAAAUUGUUGAAUUUUUUUAAGGAAACCACAGAAAUCAUUGAGCUUUCUUUAGGAAACCCCCAAAGCUGUUGAGCCUUUUUCCAUAAAAGCUACAAGAAUUUUUGAGUUAGGGGCUUUUUUAGGCAUUGAAAUCCCCUAAGGGUGCUAAUGGAAGAGUUCUUUUUCCCCUAUGGCAGCCCUGCGUUAUUGUGUGAUUGUUUCAUACAGAUCACCAGCACUUGCCCAUGAGGCAGGGAGAGACAAUUGCCUCGGGUGGCAAUACCCACCUGAUCCAGCCCAACAGUGACUUCUUAGUGAAUAGGAGGCGCUGCUGUUCUCCUCCCAUCCUUGUUCCCGAUGUAGAUAGUUAUUCACACCUUGUUCCUGAUGUAGCUCUUCAUUCUCCACUUACUCCCUGACCAGAGGGACGCCAUUUUGUGGCUCACCUCAGGUGUCAAAAUGUAUUGGGCUAGCCUGCUGACCACAACUUAAAAUUCACUCCAGUUAUUACAUAAUGAAUUGUGAUGUCAGUUGGCUUUUCCUCUGUACUGUUCAAUGGCACUUGAUUCAUCAGGAGUUACUUUCUGGUGUUGUGUGUCAUCCUCAUGCUUUUCUAACCAGCUCAGCAUGCAUUCCACUAAGAUUGACGGCUGCACCUUUUAACUAAUUUAUAUGUUCUUUAAGAGUAUGAAAUACUAGAGUGAAUGACUAGGAAGUUGGAGACUAGGGUUCAAAUCUCUACUCAGGUAUGAAGCCGACUGAGUGAUUCUGGGUCAGUUACUAUCUCUCAGCCUAACCUACUUCACUGAGUUGCUGUGAGGAUAAAACGGAGAGGAAGAAAAGCAUGAACACUACCUUGAGCUCCUUGGAAGAAAGUUGGCCUAUAAAUGUAAUAAUACAAGCCCCAUCUGCAUUAUACAUGUAGAACAGUAUCAUACUAAUUUAAGCUGCCAUGGUUCCCCCCCAAAGAAUCAUGGGAACUCAAGUUUCCUAAGGGUGCCGAGAAUUCCCCUCACAGAGCUAUGAUUCCUAGAGUUCCCUGGGAAGAAUGAUGAAUUGUUAAACCAUUGAAAUUAUAGCUGUAUGGGGGCAAUAGGGGUCUCAUCAACACUCGGUAGAGGUAACUCUUACACACAUUUAACUUGUGCACAUCCAACUUUAUGUGCUUGGCAAAAGUUAAAAAAUUUAAAAGUGGGUGGAAAGGGGACAGGCAUCCAGGGAAAAAAAGGUUUUGGCAAUCCCACCUGCCAUUGAUCCAGUGUGUUUUGACUAGACACAAUUUUGGUUGUGCGCGCUAUCCCCAAAAGUUCCAGAACAUAACCCCUGAGUAAGUUGAGAGUUGUCCAUACUCUUAACAAGUUCCCAUGAUUCUUUGAGGAAAACCAUGGCUGUUUAAAGUGGUAUGAUAUUGCUUGUGGUACAGUGCAGAAGUGGCCAAAAAUGAAAUAAAAACUCUUAAGAGCCUGUCAGCCAUUAUCCUGAGGUGGCAGCUUAGAAGGGUUUUGACAGGCGUUCUUUGCCCAUAGUAUAUUAUGUGUAACUGGUGUUGGAUCCUUCCUUUCCCAGCCUCCCAGAGCUCCAUAGCAAACAAACAAACCUGCUCAGAACAGCUAUAUGGUGUAACACUAUCAACGCAUGUGGAAGGUGAUGUAUCCUACUUCCAUGAAGCCAUUGUAGAUCUUCAGUGGAAGUUACCGUAAUUUGGCUAAUACAACUUUUGUGCUUUUGCCUAUGGAUACAAUUCAAGGAUUCUGUCAGUAUUUAUAAUUAACAGUGCUUGGGGGGGUAGGAGGGACGUCUGCCUCAUUUCUCCCCCAAAAUUAACUUGGUAACUUGUUUUCUUAAAAAUGAAGCAUUUAAAUCUUAAUGGAACAAAACUGCAGACCAGCUUCUUCCAAUGUCCUUCGUGAGUCAACCUGGACUGCCACCUAAAAAAUAUUCAGCGCUUGACUUCAGAUAUCAAACACUAGCAGCUUAAGCACGUGAACAAAUUCAAUAUGGCUUCACCCAGCGCACGCAUUUUGCCAUAAAAGUAAAGUGACUGGAGAGAGUACAACUGUUCAUAUUCUGAGAGGUCAGGGGAAGGCUGUUUUAUUAUCUGCCAUGCAUUUGAUCCUAUGAAAAUUGUUCCUUUCUAACAGAACUUGUAAUCUUUAAUGUUGACUUCCUGCUGUUCAAUUUACACAUCUUACUUGCUCAAGCUGACAUUCUUACUUUAAACUUCUUCUUUUUUGCAGUCUUCUUUGUUCUCCCUCGUGUUAUGUCCCCUACUUGAAGAGCAAUCUUCCUUCUAAGUUGUGCUGGCUAGCGAGCAGGGAAAUGCCUGCCCUAAAAAUCCCUUCCCACCCUGUCACAGAUUUAGAAUUAUAGAGCAAAUAUAGAGAGAGACUUUGGGAAGGUUGUAAUGCGUGGCUUCUACGAAAAUCCAUCAGCCCUGCCCCUGGAGGCAAGCAGCAUUUGAAAGGAAGCUUCAGAGCACUGACUCUUUAGUGCCUCUCAAACUCCAAUUAAAAUGAAAUUUUUAAAAACAUUAAUUUCAUUUAUGGGGUCAAUACAAGGCUAGGAAUCAGUGAAACUAGUUGCAGGGACCUACCAGGACUAAAAUAUCAGCCCUGAUGAGACUCCUACCCAGCUGUUAUCAACAUGGGACUGAGAGUCAUUUUAAAAUAAAACAGCACAGGGGAUUUAUUUUAUUUAUUUAAGAGAUGGCUCAGCUCUCCAAAGCCAAUGCUGAAUUGACUUAGAAAUGACCUGGGGGGUGGUAAAUUUCCUCCAGUACUCCACUUCCCAAAACAUGACCACCCUCUUCUCUUUCCUCACCUGGGCAGCUGUGGCAAAGGACUAGCAGAGAAAGACCCACCUUCCUGCUACUCUUCCCCUCCAUAACUUCUCUCCCUUUCUUUCCAUCAGCUUAUUGCGCUGGGGAAAGGCAUGGGGAUUCAUAUUCUUCUCAAGGAUUGCCUCCUUAGUUCUGAGAAGACUACAAAACCAAAGGAUUAGCAUGCUACAGAGAGUGGGUCUCCCCACGAGCCACCACUGCUCUCAUCCCAGAUAAGUAAAGGGAGAAUAUUUAAGAGUCAGGGCUUGAAGUACAGUAGUGUCUUUGGGAGUUAGGGAAGCCUGGUGUGAAAAGAAGAAACAGGAAGCCAGGAGUUCUUCUCUGGCUCGGAUUUAAAUCUGAGCCUGAGAAGAAUUGUAAAUUCACCUUCCAGUCCCCUAAAGUUAUUUCCCAAGCCCACUUCAAGAGCAGCUUUUCUAGUAUCUGUGCCUUUCGCUUUGCAAUCUAGCAUGUUAGCCAAGCCCUGAUAAAUUGAUCUGGGUGCUGGUGGAACAUCACAGAAGGUUGGGUAGAACCAGAGGUUUUGCACCCCUGAUUUAUCAUAGCAAUGACACAGGUUGUGGAGCCAGUCAUUGUGCCUGAAGAGCAAUCACAUCCCUAAAUGGGUCCUUGAGACAUCAAUUUGAAGCUUCAGGCCCAACUUACUAUUGUCUACCUACCAAUCUCCCACAGAUCUGUCUUCCCAGAAGGACAGUCAUUCUUCGCAGCCCAAUCCAAGUAAAGGUCUGUCCCAGGCUACAUCCUGCAUACUUGUGAAGUCGUUGCUGCUAGCUUCUGCCAGUUAUUAUAAAUUAAGGACAGCUAUCUGGGAGGGAGAGAGGGGGUUGCACCAUCAAAUGACUAUCUGGAGAAUAGAAUAACCCUCAAGAAAACUGAAGUCGGUCAGUCCUAGCAUAUGCAGUGUGUCUUAGUUAGAAAGUCACUGCACUUCAGAAAGUUGUAUACAGAUGGGCGAGCCAAGCUGCACCCAGUCCUUUCCUCAUCUUACCCUCCCUUAUGGUAGCUUUCAACAAAGUUGCACUAGUACAAAUUUGAUGCAUAAUACAACUGAAGAAUCGCCAUACUCCUUGGUCUCUUUGGCCUCUGAUAUGAGAAGGAGAAUCCAAAUGCUUUGCUGAGAAUGGCUCCAUGUUAAACACUGAUGUAUAUUUUCUUUACCCUAAGAGCAACUGUUUCUUCUAUGUCAGUUCCUGCAAAACUGUGCAAUUAUUAAGAAAGACAUAUAAGCCUCAUUUUCAAGUGUUAUGGGAUAUAUGAUAGCUUGAGAAGAGAGUUAGAACUCAAGAGCUUUUAUCUAACAUGAUUUGCUUAGACUACUGCUUCUUAGCCACAGGGUCUUACACUUCUUUUUACUAACCCUUGAAACAUUAUUGUUGAUGUUUGUGCUUUGAAUUUAAGGUGGACAUUCCUGGAUUGCCUUGAUAAUGGAAAUUAAAAGUAGGUUAUUCAAAUAUGAAGGUUUUUGUUUGAAUUCUUCAGUGUUUGGGGCAUUUAUCCAAGCAAAGUCCCAUCAACCAAGCCUUGUUGUGUGUACACUGCUGUCGUAUCACAAGGCCCUGUACUCAAAGAAAUUGAGAUCCACUGGUUUGGCUCUCCUUGUGUUAUGCAGAUGUUCUACCACAAAUCAGAAUGUUCUGAGCAAUUGUGUGUGCCACCUCACAGCAGUUUAACAGCGACGCAUUCUUUUUGGCUUAUUGUCCUUUUCUCCGAAGGAACCUUUAGAAAUGGAGUAAUUAAAGUGAGAUGAAAGCAGCAUUUCUGACCUUGACGUACAAGCAACAGCAUGAUCGUGGUGACGGAAAAAUGGAGAAACAACAUGUCUAAUGUGAAAAUGCGUGUAAACACCAUUCAUUGUUCUCGUUGGCUGAUGCAUGCUGAGAAACAAAUGCUUCUUGCUCAUUUGCAUUGUAAAUCUGAAAGCGCCCGCACCUGAAAGCCCAGUUGAAAGAGUCCCUUCCGUGAUUAGAGACCUUGCUAUUCACAGAAACGCAAUUCCAAUUAGCUUUGUUAUCUUCCUUUGAAAACAGAAUGAAGGAUACCAAGGCAAGUGACAUUUCUUUCUUAUCCUCAUUCCCUCCCCCCUCCCCCAACACAGAAAGCCAGGCUCGCUAGGAUCCAUGCUGCGAAGAGUGGGACUGCAAACGCAUACAUGCAGAGCAAAAGGAACGGCUUGCUCAGUAACCAGGUAAUGUGCGUGUGCAUUCUAAAUUCGGAAGAAGCCUUCAGUAAUAGCCCAGCAAUCCGUGUUCUGUUUCACAUCAGAGGCCUCCAAACACAGAAUGACAGUCAGGCUGAGGAAGGAAGCAUUGUGCUUCCUAAGAGGAAGCUGUGACAGCCAGGUUUCCCUUGGGACUCAGUCAGCUCUUUAUCGAAGGUGAUGGAGCCCUGCCCGUUCAGCUCUGAAAGCAGCUUCAUCCUGUGAAUCUCCAAUACAGCUCCCAAGAGUUUGUAGCUGCCGUCCAGAAAGCAUUUCCCCUUCGCAUACAGACAGGGGCUGGGUCUACACACUGAUACAAAAAAGUUAAGAGGUGGGGAAAAACCCAUUAUAUAGCUCUCUGCAAUUUCCCCUUGGCUGUUUUACAGUGCCCCCUGGUGUCACAUUUGUAUAACGCAUUUAUAACGUUAUAACUCACCAGGAUAGAUUAAUCCAGGCAGACACACCAUUAAAUAGCAUGGACCAAAUGCCUGCUGGUCUCCACCAAGUUUCAUACUGGUCUGCAGCUUUGAUGUAUAGUAUAUUACAGAUGACUGGUCCCUGCUAUAAUGAGGAUGUGCGUGCACCACAAUCCCUCUCCUGCAAUUUAUCUCCUCUUGAUCUAUCCAUUCCUGACGCUCUUUCUGUUCACUUAUUCCUCUGCUAAAUCGCACAUUAUUGCAUCACAUACGUUAAAGGGCAGGCAAAGAGAUGGAAGACAGAGUGUAAACCCACAUCUAAACAAACUUGUGAGCAGCAGUUUGCUAACCUGCCCACUUUAAUGUAAGAGGUGAAGUCAUCUGCACCAAACAGGUGUUUAUCACUAGCAGUUCCAGAAUUCUGCAAUCACUUCCCUCAAGAGGUGCAGGUCUAUAUUCUUCCCUCCUGACAUUGAGGUGAUUUUCUAAAGCCCAUUUAUUCAGGAAAGCUUUGGAGCAUUAAUAAUUGCUGGCUAUCCUUUGAGACGCUUUUAGAUUGUGCUGCAAAGUGUGCAGCUAUGUUACUUAACAUAUGGAGUUUGUUACAACAUAUAUUGAUGAUAACCAGCGUAGAUGUAUUUUUUUAAAAGGAUUAGAAUGUCAAAAGGAUCCUUCAUAGAGGAUAGCUUUGAUCAACAGCUACUGUGGAGGGCAAACCGGUCAUUUGCUUAAAUGCUUCCACUUUUCUUGGUCUUAAAACCGAAUACUUUGCCUGAAAUGAACUGUGAAUCAGGUUAUUAGCAGGGAUGGGGGCUCAUUGAAAGGAUUUUUCGAGGAAAUCUAAUGAUCAGUGGAUAUGCGCAAGUUAUUUUAUAUUAAUUGGUAUUUCCACAAAACAGAUCUCUUUAUAAAUUGUCCAGAUGUGCUCUGAUCAAGAACUUAGUUUAAAGUCUAUUUCUUCACAACUGAGAAAAAUAUAAUAUUCAAUGUAUUAACAGUUAUGCGGAGAUGAACAAGAGGCCUUUGUUAGCAAAUCUGGUUCUUCCUUUGAAAUCCAGCACCACCACCUGCUGCACUGUCUGGAAAAAACCACGGUAAGAUGAUAAACCUGCAGCUUCCUUGUGAUCUGAGAAAAAUAAAUAUGGUGUUGAUUUCCUGUUCUCUUGUUGCUCUUAGUUAAGAACUGCUCUGAUGAAGUAGAUUUUCAUCAUACUUAGCAAGUGAAAUUUCAUGAAGUGGCAGUUUCCUGAAAUUAUUUUGGUGGCAGAAUUUAUAUGGAAAAAUGGCACUCAUUUGUGUUUUUAUUAGCUCUGUUGAGAAUACCGCUGUGCUUGAAUGAUUAAUAGCUCAGUUUAACCUAUGAACAGCUUGAUCAGAUAAUUCGCGGGCUGAGUUGCAUACUCUCCAACAUUUUUCUGAUCAAAAUAGGGACAUCCUAUUCCAUCAUCAUCAUAAUUUUAUUAUUUAUACUCCAUCCAUCUGACUGGGCCACUCUGGGCAACUUCCAACAUAUAAAAUAUAAAAACAUAAAAUAUUAAACAUUUUAAAAACUUCCUUAUACAGGGCUUUCAUUCAGAUGUCUUCUAAAGGUUGUAUCUCCUUAGCUUGGGGGUUGCAUAACUCCGUACCCUCCAACAUUUCUCUGAUGAAAAUAGGGACGCCCUGAGGAAAUACAGGACAUUCUGGGAUUAAAUCAGAAACUAGGACAGCUUCUGUAAAUCUAGGACUCUCCCUGAAAAAUAGGGAAAUUUGGAGGGUCAUCCGUAGUAACCACUGCCUCCCUCCAGCAAAGUGUGCAGCACUGUUCAUACUUGCCCCUUUCCAUAUCCUGAACUUCGCAUCCCCGUUCCUGAGUCCUGACAACAAAAAGAAAGAAGAUAGAUCCAAGGGGAAAUCUGAACAUGCUGGCUAUUGGAAAUGCAACACCACGUAUCUCAGCAGAUACCAAAAACGCCACAUGACAAUUCUGCUGGCAAAAUUGUACUAGGUUGGCUGCAAAAACUCACUUCCUCCAAUGGGGGAAGGCUUCCUGACUUGGAGGAAGCUCCCUUUGUUGGAAGAAGAGAAUUUUGAGUUCAGUAGUGGUUUUAUUAUAUGCAUUUUUCUUUUUCGCUUUUGCUCACUGCGAAAUAGAAAACGUAGCCUCUUGUAUUCCACACUGGACCAUUGUAUGGUGUUUGUUUUCAUCGCUUUCAAUGACAUGAGCCUCAUCUGCUCCUGGAAGCUCAGUCAGGUGUGGAUGAAGCUCCUGUGUUUAGAAGCCACCUGAUGUCUCAGGGCCACUGCCUUGAGUUUGGCAGCCGAACGAAUCUGAGUUAUGAGGAGUUCCACAGCACCAGAUUUGAUCCCUUUAAAAAAUAGUGUCUGUUAAACAUGAAAGGUUGGCUUUUUUGUGACAGGGCUCACCCACAGGAAGUACUGUUGCUUAUUCUUUUGACCUGCAUGGCAGCCAUUUUGUGCUGGCACACGCAGCAUUUUGAUCAAAAGCAUGAGUGCUGGCACCUUGGGUUUUUUAACUUUAAAAAAGCACAGUUAUAUGUGCACUCCUAUUUACCAUCUGUACUCUGCACUGCGAGGACGCGGGUGGCGCUGUGGGUUAAACCACUGGGCCUAGGACUUGCUGAUCAGAAGGUCAGUGGUUCGAAUCCCCGUGACGGGGUGAGCUCCCGUUGUUCGGUCCCAGCUCCUGCCAACCUAGCAGUUCGAAAGCACGUCAAAGUGCAAGUAGAUAAAUACCGUAUUUUUCACUCUAUAAGACGCACCAGACCACAAGACGCACCUUGGUUUUGGAGGAGGAAAACAAGAAAAAAAAUAUUCUGAAUCUCAGAAGCCAGAAGAGCAAGAGGGAUCGCUGCGCAGUGAAAGCAGCAACCCCUCUUGCUGUUCUGGCUUCUGUGAUAGCUGUGCAGCCUGCAUUCGCUCCAUAAGACGCACACACAUUUCACCUUACUUUUCAGGAGGGAAAAAGUGAGUCUUAUAGAGCAAAAAAUACGGUAGGUACCGCUCCGGCAGGAAGGUAAAUGGCGUUUCCGUGCGCUGCUCUGGUUCGCCAGAAGCGGCUUAGUCAUGCUGGCCACAUGACCCGGAAGCUGUACGCUGGCUCCCUCGGCCAAAAAAGCGAGAUGAGCGCCGCAACCCCAGAGUCGGCCACAACUGGACCUAAUGGUCAGGGGUCCCUUUACUUACUCUGCACUGCACUGGAUCAUGUUUUGAAGCAUACAUAUAGCAGACUGAAAUGCAAUUCAGAGUGUUGCAGCAUGAAAUUGAGCAAAGUUUGGGUCUGCCAGACUUCAAGUUAGCAGCUCUAAUGAUGCCAUUUUUUUAAAUAAGCUAUAGAAAUCUGAAUCAGAAGGGGACCUUGUUUUUGCUCCUUGCCUUAUUUACUUGGGCUCUGUGAUGCUUUUGUUUAAAUUACUUUUAGUGAAGGGAGUUCAAUUGGCAGUAUUUUUGUUUUAAGUCUGUUACCGAUAUGGCUGACUGUGAUAUAUUGGGCAGGAAGCAAACGAUAUAGAAGAAUUUGGGUCCCCCCCACCCUUCCUUCUGCUGUUAUCGUGCUUCUGAUUACAUUGCUUAUAUUUUGAUACGGUUCUAAAUUAUUUAAAAUGUUGUAAGCUGCCAUGGGAAAACAUUGUAUUUUGAACAGUUGGGCUACUAAAUUUAUUAAAUAAGCAAACCAGCUCUCUUCCCAUGAAAUAUGAACGAGGCCGAAUCUUGUGCCAUGGGGAAACUUUCAUUUAUCACAGCCGCUUUUCAGAUUUAACGCUGUUUUCCUUUCUAAAUCAUGUUGAGCAGAAUCAUGACUUCCUGGAUGAACAAACCUACGAAGAAAGCUGCAUGGAGGUGUCCGCUGCCAACAGGCAAUCCAGCCAUAGUCCUUCCCUCUCUUCUCAACAUGGAGUGACGAGCUCUUGCUGCUCACGGAGACAUAAAAAGACAUUCCGCAUCCCAAACACUAACCUAACUGGCAGUCGCCCAAGUAGUGUCCAAGAACUCAGUACCAUUCAGAUCAGAUGCAUGGAAAGAACACCUCUGUCUAACAGGUACUUCAGCUUAAAAAUGACCCCAGACAGAGAUAGCAUUAUGUUCGCUCUCCAGGCAGAGAUAACAUGAUGUUUGAUCCUGCCUAUCAAAGAAUGGCAUGGAGCGUGUGUGUGUGUGUGUGUGCCCACGCAAAAUAUUGCUCCGUUUGGGGUCAUAACCUGUGUUCUGUAAUGUUACGAGGAAAACCGUUUCCUAGUCUUGAAUGUAACGAUUUUGAAGUUCUUAACUGGCAGAGGAACAGUGAAUGAAUGUCGGUUCUUUUAAAUUAUCAAAGCAAAUCAUUUGUGUAAAAUGUUGGGCUCUACUGGAAACCACAUUUUGAGAGACUUUGAGUAGUCCCAUUGUGACAAGGCACAAAUGAAUUGAAAACACCUAUGAAUUCAAUAUGGUCAGUAUGUUUACAGAUAGCUGUUCACAAGACCAUUUGCCAUACUUCCCCUUGAUAGAUGACCUCAUUUUUUAAAAAAUCUUAACUGCACCAGGAUUGAAAAUCUUUAUUGAGAAAAUAUUGCUGUGUAGAUAAGCACUGAACUUACUCAUGGCACUGGGCAAUAUUGUGACUAAAGGCAUAUCAACUGAUCUCAUACCAUAUCACAUGGGAGAGGUGUUUUUUUAAAAGGAAAAGAAAAGAAAUCUAUUAAAUAAACAUUAUCAAGACUUAAUAUUAGUCAUAUACUGAAAGAUUCUCAUAUCCAUAACAUGUACAUAAUAUGACUGAGAUUUAUGACCUUUUUUUUGUAAAAUGGUAAAGUCGAAAUAUGCUAACCUUUGAGGGCAUUUUAAUAAGGUGCAUUGGUCUUGUGAAAGCUUAUAACCAUGUUGUAAUAAUAGCCUCCAAAACAACCCAAAGAGUAAUUUGGUGCACCAAAAUCUGCUGCAAUUCAAAGAUUUGUAUACACUGACAGGCACACAGAGUUUUGCAUGUGUGACAUGUCUCAAGCACUUCUUUGCACCCCAAUAUGGUGGCCUCCGCUGAAAUGAAUGUAGAUAGACGAAUUACACAUGUCUGUGACUCAGGUGUCCGCACUUAUAACAUCUAUGAUAUCUAAGUUGGUUAUCUAAUGUUAGUAACUGAGGUCAGCUGUUCCAUUACUCUCAACAGCAAAUACAACCACCUGAGAUGCCACCAGUCACUAGGACCAGUAUGAAGCUGUAGACCAGAAAACCGCCUUGGUGUUCUGUUCAUGGUGAUUUCACAGACCUGCCUACCUUUGUAGUGCUGUGUUUCUUUCUUAUCUACAAUGAAGACAUGGUUCCUAAUUGCUUCCAUGUAAAAUGUGUUGAGGCUGGUGGAUGAACAGUAGAAUAAGCAUUGGAAGAGAUAAUAGACAUUUGAGUUGCAUCCUACAUGCAACCGGGAUGCUUUUGUGACAUACCAGAAUUGAAUAGAAAACACUAAGCAGAUGGGACAUUUGUAUAAUUUUUUUUAUCCAUUGGUUGUUGUUUUUGUUUGUUUUUUUAAACUUCUCUAGCCGAUCCAGUUUAAAUGCCAAAAUGGAAGAGUGUGUUAAACUAAACUGUGAGCAGCCUUAUGUAACCACAGCAAUAAUCAGCAUUCCAACACCGCCUGUGACUACACCGGAGGGAGACGAUAGACCGGAAUCUCCAAGGUACUCAGGAGGAAACAUAGUCAGAGUAUCUGCUUUAUAA